CUUAUUUCCGUACCGCCUAUGAACUACAUGCUCCGGCUUCUACACUGAUUUUGCUGUUGUCCGGGAAAUCAAUAGGUUUCAAGUAAAAGUGGAUAAGCCCGCAUUGGCGUUCCCCAACGACCCAACCAAGUCUGGUUUAGAUAACCUGGUUAGCGGCAGCGCGAAAACUCGCCUUUUGACAGUUGAGUUGUUUACAUCUAGUUUUUGGUUAUCAUUUUGCUUUGUAUUUUUUCAUGUUUUUCCAAAGGUAAACAUUAUUCAAUAUAAAACAUGUUUGUCCGAUUCAAAAGUGUCGUUAUGAGUGCCGUCAGCGGAUUAGAAACAACUGAUGGGACGAUGGAUGGCAUUCAAUACAACAAAGCAAAAUUGGCCCCAAAGUUUCCCUAUGGAAGGCCUCAUUUUUUGCACCUAAACGAUGAAGAUGUUCAAGUUACCGCUGAUCACAAAAUGAGACAUGUCGUACAUCCAAGUAAACCAGUACUGCCCUAUGAUACAGGUUACGCUGAAUGUAUUAAUGCUGGUAAAUCAAGAUGGAACGAGGAUCAAGCUGUACAUACACAAGGAGUUCUAAGUAAAGUUAGUCAAUCCGAAAUUGGAAAUGAGCAGAAAUUUUCAAUACCAUACAGUUACUUUGGAGUAUUUGAUGGUCAUGCUGGUGUAGGAGCAGCUUUGUGUGCAGCUAACCAGUUACAUCACAUUAUACAUGAAAAACUCGUAGAUGCUCAAGAUGACAUAUGGAUUAAUUUUAUUGAAAAAAAUUUACCAACAACAAAGCCCCGUGAUUUAUUGAUUAUUGGUGCUUUAGAAUCUGCAUUCAAAGAAAUGGAUCAACUUCUCCUAGAAGAUCGCAAUAAAUAUCAAGCAGCUGGUGGAUGUACAGCAAUAGUUGCAUUAUUUAUUCUUGGAAAAUUGUAUGUAGCAAAUGCCGGUGACUCUCGUGCAAUAAUUUGUAAAGAUGAUCAAUAUUUUCCAAUGUCUAUGGAUUUUACACCUGAGAAUGAAAGGGAUAGAAUAAGAAGACUUGCACAAGAACAACCCUUUUUAUUAGGUAAAGAAUUCACUGCCAAUGAAUAUCUUGGACAACCGAAGUCUAGUGAUUUAGGAAAAACCGUUAUGUAUAGGGAUGCAUAUAUGAAAGGUUGGGCUUAUAAAACUCUACAACCUGAAGAUCUUAAAGUUUCAGUUAUUACAGGACAUGGAAAAAGGAGCAGAGUCAUGGGUACUAUAGGUGUGACUCGUGGUUUUGGAGACCAUGCCCUAACUUCAGUAUACCAAAAAUUACCAAUAAAACCAUUUCUAUCCUCACAUCCCGAAGUUCUAGUUCACACUUUAGCAGCCACUGAUGACAAAGAAGUUUUAGUUAUUGGCACUGAUGGCCUUUGGGACGUGGUCGAUGGAAACAAAGCUGCUAAAAUCGUUUCAAACUCUAUAAAUACUUUUAAAGACAAUAAAUAUGUAAGUGCGGCCACUUGUUUGGUAGGCUUUGCCAGGGGAUCUUUGAAGAACUCUUGGCAAUUGAAAACUGGUAAACCAGCUUCUUGUGAUGAUAUUUCAGUAUUUGUUAUUCCUUUGUUACCCUACACACUUGAAUAUAAAGAGUUCCUUAGUAAAUGUUCAGGUGUUUCUGACAACAUAAGUGAACCUACUAGUAUGGACACAAGCGAAGAUGCUAAUGACGUUACUGACUGUUAAGAUUGAACUUUUAAUCAAUCAGAAGUAAUAUUUUCCUUAUUUUAUUAUUAUUGUUCAAAAUGUGUUACUUAAAAAAGCAUUCCUUCGGACAAAUAUUGGUGAUAAUAUAAAAUUUUAUUUUUUGGGUUCCUGAACAAUUUUGGGUUAAGAGUAAAUCGGAACCAAUAGAGCAACUGUAUAAAAAAAAUAUCUUGAAAAAUUAUCACAACGUUUAUCUAUGGCUCCAAAUUUGGUUUAAAAAAUGUGAUGAAUAUUGGUGCUUUAUGGCACAGCUUUAAUAUUUCAAGUUUGGUUAGUUUGUUUCAAUAAACAAACUGCAUAUUUUUCAAUUUCAGCUAUGUUUUUUCUCAGUAACUUAAAUAGGCUACUGAGUACUGGUAAUUUAUUAUGAAUUGCUAGCAAUUAGAUGAACAGGAUAUAGUUGAAUUAAUGCUGGAUCCUGGAUCGUUGUUGAUUUUGAUAAAACAGCAAUAAAGAGUACUUUAUGAAAAUUUUUUGUGACAAUAUAUUUUGUCAAAAACUCCAUUCAUAUCUCAUUUUGCAACAGUUUCUCAUUACCUAUACUCUAGCCAAAUUUUAGGCGAAGUUACAAGUGUCAAGUAGUGAGCUAGUACUGCAUUUUGGUUUGGCAACACCUCAUUUAAGAAGCAUCUUCAAAUUAGUUGACAUAUGAAAAUAUUGAUAGGUCUGGCAAUAUUCUUAUACAUUGAGACUUUUAAUAGCAACCUAUGUAUGAUAUCAACAAUCUUCGACAGCUUGAAGCAGCAAGACAUUAUGCAAUUCGUUAUAUAAUGCUAGACAUGGUGAGACCUCUGAAUAGACAAAUUGUUCGGCUUGGAUGAACUACUCUAACGAAUUUUGUGCUAUCCGUUCACAUAAUUGAUUGCUAUAUGAUUGAUGGAUCAUAUUAUUUGCCAUUGAAACGCACUGUGUAGAGCAGAGCAAACAUUUAGAAAAUUAGUUCUAAGGAAAAUUAUUAUAGACUACAUUGGAAGCCUGAAUUCGGAAAUCUUCAAGUCAAGGGGAAGCACAAAAGGUUUAUGCCAGUCCCAAGCCUGGGUAACAGCAGAGACAAAAAGAACACCCAUGGUGGCUGAUUCUCGAGCCAGUGAGUGGAGCUCCCCGAGAGAACAAAUUUUUUGUCCUUAUCAUUCUCGUUUACUUUUCGAUUACGUUGACAAGGACAAAACAUUCGUUCUAUCGGGAAGCUCUACUCCCUUAAACGAGAAUCCAGCCCCUGGAAGGUAACAGGUGCCUUGUAGUAGGUAUUGGCACUGAGACUCAUCAAGGCUGUUGGUAGUGCAAUAAAUAAAGAUAGUGUACAAUAGUGUCAUUUAUUUUUGUCAAGCCUGUUCUUCAAGAUAUUCCUUUUUGGGGCUUGGAUAGUUUCUUCAUUGGCAUUCGAUCUGUACAAAACACAGUUUGUUAGGAAGCUUUUUCGCAUAAGCACCUUUUCUCUGUUUUUAAAUUUUUUGAGUGUCCUCUGAAUUGGUUAGUAUUUAAAGUACAGAAAUUAAGAUUAAGGUUGUAGCAGUAGUUCUUAUUUAGGAUUUUAGAUGUUUGAAUCAAGUCUCCUCUCUCUUCUUUCUUUACGUGUGGUUACUCCAGGGCGCUCUUCGUAGGGUGGGUUUGUUAGAGCUGUGGGGAUAUUGGUGAACCUCCUCUGACCUCUUUCCAGGGCCUCUAUAUCCUUUGAGUAGUACAGAUUCCACACUUCAUGAGUGUAUUCAAAUAUUUUGCUUUUUGUGAGGUUCCCAUUUUAGGUCUGCCCAUGUUAUUAUUUCAAGGUCCUUUUACACCUCCAUACUUUUAAUUUUCGUUCCUGCAAGGUGUAUGAGUGUUGUGUGGGUUUUUUGCUCCUACGUGCAGGCUGGUGCAUUUCUCUUCAUUUAACUUGGGUAACCAAGUCUCAUUCUAGGGUUCGGUUGCUGUUAUCUCCUCGAUGAAAAGUGUUAGGUCUAUGGUGCGAUCACUGAACCUUUGCGGUACUCCACUGUUGACUUGUUAGGUUAUUUUUGGGUUUAAUUUUCCAAGAUUUUAAAUUGGCUUUUAUUGAAAAUAUGUCUAAAAAUAAUCUUUUAUACAGUUCUUGUCCAGUAAGAAAGAUAUUAUUCUGUUGUUCUUGAGUAUAUUUGAACCAAUGAAAUUAAGUGGUUUUGUUUUUUAAGCUAUGUUUCGAAAAAAUUAUUCUCUUCUUCAGGCUGUCUUGUUUCGAUUGGUUACAGCUUGAAGAAGAAAAUAAAUUUUUCGAAACGUAGCUUUAAAAACAAAACCACUUGGUUUCAUUGGUCCAAAUAUGCCCAAGAACAACAGAAUAAUAUCUAAAAAUAAUGCUUUUAAUGGUUAUAUUACUUAAUUCAAUUGAAAAAUGUUUGAAUGAAAGACUGAAAGUAUAUUAGCAUAAACGGGUAUAGACUGACUUUUGGAAUCUAUGUAGUAAAUGAUGAAUUUGUUUUGAAUACGGCACAGCGAAGUCGAUCCUGUGAGGAACAUAUAAUGUAUCAAGGUCUAAAAUGACGUCUCACAGGAAACUGGGUAACCAAUAGCAACUCCAGACUUUGAAAAUUCCUGAUUUGUAUUGUUUACGUUGUUGGCAUUUGAGAUUCGAUUUGGUUAGAGUAUAGGAACAACAAAAUCCAGACACAGUUAUUCAUAGAAAAAUUAGUUUGCUAAAGAAGAAACUAAUUGGCUAAAUAAUUUGAGAAAACAUGAGCUAAUUAAAAAAAAAUAUAUAUAUAUCAAUAAUUAUGAGUUCGAAUCCUAUAUUCUGGGGCAUGAGCAGAAUAACUACACUUGAUCCGAUGUUAUUUUAUGCUUUUGUUCAGUAUUUUUUAGUUUUUUUUAAUGUGAUAUAUAAUUAAUUGUAUGAGUGGACACCAGCUUUUGAUAAUAUCAAGUUUAUUUGAAAGUGAUUUGUCUAGUUUCAAAAAAAAAAUAUGUACUUGUAAGAAAAAUUUGUAAUAUGUAAUUAAAUUCGCGGAAAUAAUCAAGAUAUCAAAGUGUGCAAUACUUUGUUGAAUUUGUUUAGAUUGUUUUUUUAUUUUUGAUUUUUAUAUACAUUAUAGAUAAGAAUUUGUACAAGCAGCAUUCUAUUAUAUCUUUAGAAUAUUAAUCAUAACUUUAGAAUAAUUAUUAUUUUAAAAACGAACAAACCCUAUAGUUGAUACGAUUUACAUAAACCCCAAACAAAAUGUGUGGGAGAGUUAAUUUUCAUUUGUAUUUACACUACUUUAUUUACCAUAGUUUUUUAAAAUUAUUAUUUGCUGUAUAUUUGUUGGACCUAGUCUUGAUUUAUUGAUCAAAAUAAAC